AAGCCUGUUUUGAUAGCAUCAUCUCCAGAAAUGGCUAAAGAGAUAUUGAAAACACAUGAUACUAUCUUUGCUUCUCGCCCUCCAUUAGCUGCCGGUAAGUACAUAAGCUAUAACUAUUCAGACAUGACAUGGGCAUCUUACGGUGCACACUGGCGUCAAACAAGAAAAAUAUGUCUAACCGAACUACUUAAUCCUAGAACACUUAAUUCAUUGGAGUAUAUUCGUGUUGAGGAAAGACAAACUUUGAUUUCUCGUCUUUUUGCUCUCUCAGGAAAACCAAUUUUGCUUAAAGAUCAUUUAACUCUAUUUACUCUUCGCACUAUAAAUAGGUUGGUUAUGAGUGAAACAUAUUGUAGUGAUCAGUCAAACUCAGAUGCUUCAAUAGUAACUUAUGAAAGAUUGCAAUGGAUGUUUGAUGAGUGGUUUGUUCUUAGUGGGGUUAUUAAUCUUGGGGAUUGGAUACCUUGGCUUAGUUGGUUCGACUUGCAAGGAUACGUAAAACGAAUGAAGGCAUUAGGAAAGAAUAUGACAGAAUUUUAUAAAUAUGUACUUGAAGAUCACAAGGCAAAGAGGCAAACAGAGGAGCAUUAUAUUCCAAAGGAUAUGGUUGAUGCUAUGUUACACCUUGCUGAUGACCCUAAUCUUGAAAUUAAGCUUACUACAGAUAGUAUGAUGGGAUUAAUACAUGAUAUGGUAGGUGGUGGAACAGAUACUACAGCAACAACGAUAGAGUGGGCAUUUCAAGAACUUCUGAGGAGACCAAACAUCAUCGACAAGGCACACCACGAACUUGACAGAGCCAUUGGAAAAGAACGAUGGGUAGAAGAAGAGGACUUCUCUCAGCUACCUUAUAUAGAUGCCAUAAUUAAAGAGACAUUUAGACUUCACCCUUUAUGUGCAUUGCUUCCUCCCCAUUACUCUAUUGAGGAUUGUAAUGUUGCGGGUUAUGACGUACCAAAAGGGACAACUGUUUUUGUAAACGCGUGGUCUUUAGGAAGAAAUCCGAAGUAUUGGGAUAGGGCAGAAGAGUUCAUUCCAGAAAGAUUCAUAGAAAAUAACAUAGAUAUAAAAGGGCAAAAUUUCGCGUUGUUGCCAUUUAGUUCUGGAAGGAGAAGGUGCCCGGGGUAUAGCCUUGGUAUGAAGGUUGUUCGAACAACAAUGGCUAAUUUGUUGCAUGGAUUCAAUUGGAAAUUAACAGGAGAUACAAAGCCAGAAGAUAUAAGCAUGGAGGAGAUUUAUGGAUUGACUGUACACCCAAAAAAGCCGGUAUCUUUGAUCAUGGAACCAAGACUUCUCCUCCAUCUUUAUUAGUACUUUAAUUUGUUCUGUUCUUAUCAAUCUUGUUCAGUUUAAGCUAUAUCUAAUAUUAAAAUAAAAUUCCAUAUUUGACAAAGCAACAAUUU